CUCCAGGAUGUUCUGGUAAUUUCCAUCUUUCUAUUUGCAGUACAGAAUCGGGCAGCUGUACAUGAUCAGCAAGCACAGUCAUGAGCAGAGUGACCGGGGCGAGGGAGUGGAGGUGGUCCAGAAUGAGCCGUAUGAAGAUCCGGUCCACGGCUCAGGACAGCUGACCGAGAAGAGGGUCUACCUCAACAGUAAGCUCCCGAGAACUGGGGAGGCGUGCCGUGCCGGGUACUGGUUACCACUAAGAUCUUCUAAACGUGACAGAGAAGGCGCGUGGGAACUAUUACCCGUACACAAUCACAGUCUUUACAGUGUUCAUUUCUUCCGAAAUUCUCCAUCCAUAUAGAGACAAAAUAUGAAGAUAAUCAAGGAUCCAACGACAGUAUAUUUGAUCACGAAGUGAAGGACCUGGAGAGGGAAGUGUGUUUUGUCGACAUCGCUUAUGAUGAUAUCCCUGAGAGGUAUUAUAAGGAGUCUGAGGACCCCAAGACCUUCAAGUCGGAGAAGACAGGCCGGGGUCUCCUGAAGGAGGGCUGGAGAGAGGCUGAGCAGCCAGUCAUGUGUUCAUACAAGCUGGUUGCUGUGAAGUUCGAAGUGUGGGGUCUACAGACCCGGGUGGAGCAGUUUGUUCAUAAGGUUGUGAGAGAUAUCUUGCUAAUUGGGCACCGGCAAGCAUUUGCAUGGAUCGAUGAAUGGUAUGACAUGACGAUGGACGAAGUACGAGAGUAUGAAAGGACCACUCAGGAAGCCACUAACAAGAAAAUUGGGAUUUUCCCACCCGCCAUUUCCAUCACUGACAUUACACUGCCUUCUAUUGCCCGCAGUGGACCCUCCAGUGCUCCUUCCACCCCACUGACCACCGAAGCUCCGGAGUUCCUGACCGUCCCUAAAGACCGCCCACGGAAGAAAUCUGCACCGGAAACCUUAACGCUUCCCGACCCAGCCCUUAACGCACAAAGCAUGUUUACAUCUAAUAAGCCAUCUCUUCCG